AUGGCCACUAUUCCACAGAAGUGCACGGUAUUGGUCAUUGGUGGUGGACCAGCCGGAUCGUAUGCCUCCUCUGCUCUUGCGCGAGAGGGCAUCGAUGUGGUGCUUCUGGAGGCAGACAAAUUCCCUAGGUACCACAUCGGUGAAAGCAUGCUCCCGUCCAUGCGACACUUCCUCAAGUUCAUCGACGCAUACGAGAAGUGGGAUGCUCAUGGCUUCAAUGUCAAGGCAAAGAUUAACACCCAGACACAGAAAGGAGGCGCGUUCCGCUUGAAUUGGUCCCGGCCUGAAACAUAUACGGACUUCAUCGCUGCUGGUGGCGAAGGCGGCUACGCCUGGAACGUGAUCCGAUCCGAGGCAGACGAGCUCUUGUUCAAGCACGCAGGAGAGUGCGGCGCCAAGACGUUUGACCAGACCAAGGUCGCCUCUGUCGAAUUCGCACCCAGCCCUUCGGGCGCUGAGCACCCCGGCCGCCCCGUGUCUGCCACUUGGACUCGCAAGGAUGGAACCUCUGGCACGAUCUCGAUGGACUACAUUGUCGAUGCGUCAGGCCGGGCUGGCGUGGUCAGCACCAAGUAUCUCAAAAACCGACACUACAACCAGGGUCUCAAGAAUAUUGCCAACUGGGGAUACUGGAAGGGCGGCGGCGUCCACGCCGUUGGAACACACAAGGAGGGUGCGCCGUACUUUGAGGCACUCAAGGAUGGCAGUGGGUGGUGUUGGUUCAUCCCGCUGCACAAUGGCACGCACUCGGUCGGCAUCGUCCAGAACCAGGAGAUGGCUACCCAGAAGAAGAAGGCAAUGGCCGAGCCCUCAACCAAGGGCUUUUAUACGGAAUCUCUGGAGCACGUCCCCGGAAUCAAGAGCCUACUUGCCAACGGCGAGCUCGUGUCUGAGAUCAAGUCGGCGUCCGACUGGUCAUACAGCGCCUCAUGCUACGGGUUCCCGGGCGUGCGCAUUGCCGGGGAUGCCGGGUCUUUCAUCGACCCAGGCGACUGUGACGAGGAAACGGCGUCGUCGUGGCACGACAAGAAGACGACCGAAAGCUACACUCGCUUCCUCCUGGUUGUCUCUAGUGCAUUGAAGCAGAUUCGUUCUCAGGAUGUCCCCGUCAUUGACGAUUUCAAUGAGCAGGGCUUUGAGAGGGCGUUCGAUUUGUUCAGACCCAUCAUUCAAGGCACGGUAGAUGCCGAUGCGCACGGGAAAUUGAGCCAAAACGAGAUUUCCAAGACAGUCGAGUUCUGCUUCAAGGCUUUUGCUCAUGUUUCAUUUGAGGAGAAGGAGGCGCUCGUGAACAAACUGAAGCAACUGGGCCUUGAUGGCGAUGUCUACGAUGAGAAGAACCGCAAAGCGCUCGAGGAAUUAGAGUCGAAGCUCACUCCGGAAGAGCAAUCGAUCUUGAAGACACUUCAGGGACGGCGCAUGGUCCGACCCGAGGACUCGCUCAACAUCGACAACUUCACUACAGAUUCUAUCGACGGUCUUGCUCCCCGCCUGGAGCGCGGUCGUCUGGGUCUGACUGCCGCCAAGAAAGCUUCGGUGAAGUACACGGCUCACGACUCUCUUUCGUUCCUCAACGGCGAGGCCAGGGCUGCGAAUAGGCUGAAUGAUAAUGGUGCACCGAUCAACGGGAGCAGCAUCACCAACGGACACGCCCCUCCUGUCAACGGCGUCAACGGGCACAGCACCAAUACCAACGGGAUGAACGGGCACAGCACAACUGCCAACGGGAACGCUGGGGUCGAGACAGACACCGACUACGCCGAUAUUUCACAAGGCGUACACAAGAGUUGGGGCGCUGAUAACAUCGCCGAAAUGCAGGCUGUGAGCAAGAAGUACGACCCGAAGGGGAUAUUCCAGCAUAUGGUUCCUGGUGGUUACAAGGUCUUUGAUUAA